UGGCUGAGCGUCUCGGCAGGGUUUCCGUGGGGGUCAAUAAAUCACUGUAAGCUGCAUCCAUUGAACUCGUGGCUGCAGCUACCUUUGGGAGGGAGAUGAGCGGCUGACAUUUUAUGCAGGCAUCAAACAGGGAAAUAAUUCAGAAGCAGCGUUCCAAGCCUUUGGGGGAUGUUUCGGACUUGGCUACUGCCCUGCUGGGUUCAGAGAUGGACUCAGAAGAAAGGACAACCAACAGAAGUGAACAAAAAUCAAGGAAGAUUUUAAGAAGUCUAAUAAGGAAGCAGCCUUGGGACCUUCUUUUGGUAAUUGGAACCGGAGUGAGUGCCGCUGUAGCGCCAGAAAUACCAGCACUGUGCUCAUGGAGGAGCUGUAUUGAAGCUGUCAUUGAAGCAGCUGAACAGCUGGAGGUGCUUCAUCCAGGAGACGUUGCUGAAUUCCGCAAAAAAGUGAUCAAAGACAGAGACUUGCUUGUAGUUGCACAUGAUCUCAUAAGAAAGAUGUCCCCACGCACAGGUGAUACCAAGCCCAACUUUUUCCAGGAUUGCUUAAUGGAAGUGUUUGAUAACUUGGAACAACAUAUUCAGAAUCCUGUUGUUCUACAGUCAAUCCUCAGGCUAAUGGAGAGAGGCACUAUGGUCCUUACAACAAACUAUGACAAUUUACUUGAGAUUUUUGGUCAGCAACAGGGCAAACCCAUGGAGUCUUUAGACCUGAAAGAUAAGGAUAAGGUUCUUCAGUGGGCAAGAGGUCAUAUAAAGUAUGGAGUUCUUCAUAUUCAUGGCUUGUAUACAGAUCCCUGUGGAAUGGUGUUGGAUCCUUCAGGAUAUAAAGAUGUUACUCAAGACCCUGAAGUAAUGGAGGUUCUGCAGAACUUGUAUCUGACCAAAUCCUUCUUGUUUGUGGGCUGUGGAGAGACUCUGCGUGAUCAAAUAUUCCAGGCUCUUUUUCUGUAUACUGUAAAGAAUAAAGUAGAUUUAGAACAUUAUAUGUUGGUGCUUAAAGAAAAUGAAGACCACUUUUUUAAACUCCAAGCAGAUAUGCUUCUGCAUGGAAUAAAAGUUUUAUCCUAUGGUGAUUGCUUUGAAUAUUUCCCGGAAUAUGUCCAAGAUCUAACUGCUCAAAUCUGCAAGCAGAGGAGUCCAGAUGCCGAUCGAGUGGAUAGUACAACGCUGUUGGGGACUUCAUGUGUGGACUGUGCAAAGAGAAAGUUAGGAGAAAAUGACUUGGAUCUUUCUAAGAGGGUGAAACAAUCAGAUAAUGUUGAUACCUCUGCUGGUGACCUGGGAUUGUAAAGAAGUUUGAAACCCAAGUGCAGGGCAACUGCACAGGACUGCCAGAGGGGGAAGCAGAGAGCUGGGCUCUCACUAUUCCAGAGUUUCUGUGACUUUCUCUACCUGGCAUUGACUGUAACAAGCCUGCUUCCUGGCAAGAACAACAACUUGGAAUGGCAUUAAGAGUUUACCUUCACAUACCAUAGUAGCCUGCUGCUCUUAGCAAUUUUUUCUCUCCCAAAGUGAAUUAUUCUCACUAUCACUAGUCCCAGUCAAGAGCAGGAUGUAACGGGGGGUAGAAAGUGAGCUAAAAGCUGUUAGAAACUAACAUUGUGACUGUACCCCAAGAUUAAAGUAAAAGUUUUAAAAAUAGACAAGGAUUCAUUUCCACAGCACCACAAAAAGGCAGUGUUAAGUGUACCUAAACUAAACGUUAGAGAAGGCUGGGGUUCAAACACAUAAAAGGGAAACUGGCACAGCCUAUAAAGAGACAUUUUAAGUAGAAAUUAAGGUUAAAAUUAAUUUAUUUUUAAGACCUGCAAACAAGGGUAGCACAUUGUGUGUGUCUGUCGUCAUUCGGACAACUUGCUUGCAUAUUUUAUUUUUUCCCCACCCACCCCCUUUCAUCUACUUUCUUAUUCCUGGUUCCUCUUCCAAGCUGCUCUAUAUGGGCAUGCCCCUGCACCCCUGACUGAGUCAAUUAAGCUCCAUAUGCCCAGAAGGCUCUCAGCACAAAGCUGCUUACAGGAUCUGAACCUGAAAACUGUAAGCUCCUUGGAGCAUGCACCAUCUUCAUAUACAGCACAAGUACCUGACCUAUACAAUUGUACUAUGAAUAUUUCAGUUUUCACUUGUCAUCUGUACAUUUUAGUAUCAAUUAACAUUGGGGGAAAUGAGGAUAUAAAUGAAAAUUGCCAACAGCAUACAGGCUGUUCUUUAUUGACUGGGAUUCACUUCACCACUUACUAUACACUGGAAUGAAAAUAUUUGUUGGUUUGAAGGACAGGACAUGCUUUUGGUAUUUCAAGUAGUGAUUAUGGGGAUGUUUUCAUUGCUGCACAGUUAAAGCAGGCCACUAUCUAAUUACGUGCAGUAGAGAACUGCUACGAACUCCAGCUCACCAAGGUUUUAACCACUUCAGCUGCAGUCAAUGUGACUACUCCAUAUACUUAAGACCCUUGCUGAAUCCUGUCCUCAGACUACCAAAUGUAAAUUCUGAGAGCUUGGAUUUCACAUUUUUAUGAAGUGUCCUGUAAAACUUGUUAGUUUCCCCAAAAUUGUGGGUUGCCCUGGAGCAAACAAAUGUAUUUAAAUGAAAUUCUAAAGUGUUCCAAAAAUGAAUAUUUCUUUAAUCAGCAUCAAUCAGAUACUGAUGGCUGAUUAAGUGGCUGGAUUAGGCUGUCAUUUUUGCAUCUAUUUUCCUGAGGCUGCUGCGAGUUUUGAGGUAGUUUCAACACAGCAGUCAUAGGUUAAAAUUACUGCAAUACACUUUUAUUGAACUCUAUUCUAUGGCACUUUUAUGGCCCCUAUCACCAUAGUAUCUGAGCAUCUCAUCGAUUCAGUUGGUUCCUCAAAUAUUUGUCUUUUAGUUUUCCCAUGAGCAACACUACAUAACUGCCUUCCGCCUGCACGUGCACAUUUAAACUUAGGAUAGAUUUGAUUUGAAGUGUUUUUAAAUCACAAGUAAAUUUAAUUUUGCUUUUUUUUUUUAAAAACAACAGGUAGCACUGGAGACUCUUCAAGUCUAAACACCACUGAAAAUUGCAACUUGUAAAACAGCCAUUCUUGCCUGUAGUGCCAUACAAUUGCACCGUGAAACAUGCACAUUGCAGUAGUGAUGGGAUCUCUUACAAUUCAGUUAUGCACAUUAAAAGCAGAGUUGCUGUGUGACCCAUCAUGGGUUGUGUGUGGGAUUUCUUCAACAUGCAUUCUACUGCCAGGAAGCUACUGGCAGUAGAAUAUCCAUGUUUCAGUUAUCUUGCAAGAAGGACUGACUUGCAACUAGCUCAGGGAAACAUAGUUGAAAGGGAUAUACCUAGAACAUGACUGUUCAGUGUGAUGCAUUCAGUUAAUCAAAAAGUAACUUGCUUUGAAAUCCUGUUUUGAAUAAGACUAUGAGUCUGGAUUCCCAAGCAGAGGAAAUAGGCCAUAAACCUAGACGUUCAUUAAAUGAUGCAUCUGGCUCUACUAAUGCUACUGUAGUUUAUUGGACAUCAUGAGUAAGGGUAUCACAUCUGGCCAUAAAGUGUGAUGAUUAAUCUACAUUGUCUGCCAUCUAUGCUGACUGGCUGUUUGCUAAAAGGCAGGGGAGAAAACCCACCAAGGAACAGUUUUGACUGGGGGAGAGAGGGAAGCUGUACACCUCUUUGUGGCUUGGCAAUGAACAGCAAACAUGGCCAUGUAAUAUGGAGCGAGCUAGCUUUCAUCAGUUUCUGGGCCUCACAGAGCAUGGCACCAGGAAGCUCUGGAUUCACUUUCAGGAGAAAUGUAAGGUUGGUCUUUUACAAGUGUUGGAAACAGAAAAUAAUGUCUCCUUCUCUAAGAGUAGCUCUUCUAAUAUAUAGUUUUAAAAAAAUUAUGCUACUAGAACUUAUCUUUAUAUUUAACCUAACC